AUGCCCCAGUUGGUCUCCGUAUCGCGAAUCCUGACAAUCCUUACCGUUGGCUUCACCAAAGGCAGCGUCAUUCUAUUCCUUCGACAAGUUUUUGCGGGAACAGCUAAAAAAGGCUACAAUCUUUGCACAGCCCCCAUGGUUGCCACUGGUGUCUGGACGCUUGCCUCAACCAUGACACUUGCACGGUGGAAAGUCGUGGCCGCAGUCGAUGUCUGUCUCGAGAUCAUGCUGGUGGUCAUACCAGCCAUUCUAUUCUAUUCAGUCAAAAUCAGCAAAGUGCGGAAGGCAACCAUAAUCGUCGCCUUCUUACCUCGAAUCCUUGUCCCUGCAAUCUUCAUCACGUAUCUCGAAGCAUACAUUCGCUUCCGAAAAUACGGCGGAUCGAGUAUCGAAGCCGUUGGCACCCUUGUUUGGCAACAAGUUUUGUGUGGCUACAGCCUGGUAUCAGCGACCACACCCUGCCUAAAAGGCUUCCUCGGGCGCUUCCACACUGAAGGCAUAGCUGGGACCCUUGAAAGCUCCUACGGCAACAGGGCUUAUGGUCAAAACUCCACGACAAGGACAAACCCAGACGUGUACGCUCUGGAGUCACUUGAUCGCAAAAAUAGCACGAAAAGACCUCCGAAAACCGAGCCAGUGUCACUAGCCUGUUAUCCGGGUGAGGCGAUACAUUCUGCGACUGCAUAUGGUGGGCCCUUGGGCGAUCAUAGCGCCAGCAGUGUCAAGAGCUUUGGUAGUGAGCGGAUGAUGAUUCACCGAAAGAUCGAAUAUGAUGUGACCUCCACAUAG